CGGGGUCCGGCGGCGCAGUGAGGAGAGGAGACGACAACGACGACGGCGGCGGGAGGGGGACGGACCGGAGCCGGGGACCGAGGAGGAACACGCCACCGCGCCCUCCCCUCUUCUGCGUGCUCCGGUAGCCGGCCCCACGCCUCUCGCCUCACCCACCGCACGGGGCUCUGCUCCGAGCAGGAGGAGGCACCGGGCCCGAGCUGGGGCGGGGGUCCUCCCUGCAGCCCGGGCACACCGGAACGGAGGAUUCGCCGUGGAGGACCGCGCCCGGGCUGGUGGCACCCGCGGCCCCGCCAGCGCCGGCUGCUCCAGACUGUGGCCUGAUGGACACCUGGUGUGGACGAUGAGGGGAGAACGCGCCUCCCACACCCGAGAGGUGACCCCAGAGCGAGCCCUGGAUGACCCCGCGAGCAGGAACCAUGCGGCUGGCCUGCAUGUUCUCGUCCAUCCUGCUGUUCGGAGCCGCAGGCCUCCUCCUCUUCAUCAGCCUGCAGGACCCCACGGAGCUCGCCCUCCAGCAGGUGCCAGGAAUAAAGUUCAACAUCAGGCCACAGGAGCCCCACAGCGACCUCCCAUCAGGCAGUUCCCAGGAUGGUGACUUUAAGGCACCCACAGAGAGGGUCACCCGAGACUUGCCCAGCCGGGCCCCGAGGGGCCUGAACCUACAGGUGUCCCAGCAGCCUCAAGCCCACCUAAACGUGGGGGCCCGUCUGCGACCCCAGCAGCGCCGCCGGCGACUGCUUAUCAAGAAAAUGCCAGCUGCGGCGGCCAUCCCGGCCAACAUCUCGGCUGGUACGUUCGUCCGGCCAGCACCCCGGGCCCUGGACGGCCGCUGGGUCAGCCUGCACCAGAGCCAGCAGGAGCGCAAGCGGGUGAUGCGGGAGGCGUGCGCCAAGUACAGGGCGAGCAGCAGCCGCAGGGCGGUUACGCCCCGCCACGUGUCCCGCAUCUUCGUGGAGGACCGCCACCGCGUGCUGUACUGCGAGGUGCCCAAGGCAGGCUGCUCCAACUGGAAGCGGGUGCUCAUGGUGCUGGCCGGGCUGGCCUCGUCCACCACCGACAUCCAGCACAACACCGUCCACUACGGCAGCGCCCUCAAGCGGCUGGACACCUUCGACCGCCAGGGCAUCCUUCACCGCCUCAGCACCUACACCAAGAUGCUCUUCGUCCGCGAGCCCUUCGAGAGGCUGGUCUCUGCCUUCCGCGACAAGUUUGAGCACCCCAAUAGCUACUAUCACCCCGUCUUCGGCAAGGCCAUCCUGGCCCGAUACCGGGCCAACGCCUCUCGGGAGGCCCUGCGGACGGGCGCCGGCGUGCGGUUCCCCGAGUUCAUCCAGUAUCUACUGGACGUGCACCGGCCCGUGGGUAUGGACAUCCACUGGGACCACGUCAGCCGGCUGUGCAGCCCCUGCCUCGUCGACUAUGACUUUGUGGGCAAGUUUGAGAGCAUGGAGGACGACGCCAACUUCUUCCUGAGCCUCAUCCGCGCGCCGCGGAACCUGACCUUCCCGCGGUUCAAGGACCGGCACUCGCAGGAGGCGCGGACCACCGCGCAGAUCGCCCACCAGUACUUCGCGCAGCUCUCCACCCUGCAGCGGCAGCGCACCUACGACUUCUACUAUAUGGACUACCUGAUGUUCAACUACUCCAAGCCCUUCGCAGACCUGUACUGAGGGGCGGGGCCAACUGGCCGUGGGCGGCCCAGCCCCACCCACUCACCUGUCCGCAGGGGCACCCCACGCUCCACGGCUUCUCACCUGGGAGCUGAAAUGCACCCAGAGCAACAGGGCUCUGAGGAGGCGAGGAGCCGUGCCUGCUCGGUGGUUCAGGCCCUUCAGGGGGGGACAGAGGCCCAGGCCUUGGAUGGGGACCCUGGCCUCUGUCCCAUACCCGCUUCCAUACUCCUCAAAUAAGGAAGAUGCUGGGGGGUGAGCUGGACACCCCAGGAGUCCCAGCUGCCCAUACCCAGCUCUACCAAGAGUCAGGAUGACCAGGGAAGUCUGAGGCCCAGAGGACAAAGGCCCCAGCUGUAAGGGAUUUCCUGCAGUCCCUUAGCCAUUGCCUUGUACCAAACCACAGGGUUUGCAGCUUUUCUAUGACCCAGGGGGAGGUUCCCUUGGAAUGAGGUCCCAA